GAUUCUAAGCUCUCCGGGAGGCCACGGGGGGCGCCUGGGAACCCGGAACGCUGUACCAGAGCCGGCGGGUGCCGGACCCUCCGUCUUCUCGGCGGGAAAAUCUUGAGGAGAUAUUUUCUUUUUGAAAGAUUAAGAAAUUGGAGGAUGGUGGGGCAAAACGACUAAAUCCCAUUUUCCUGUGAUUCUUUAGGCGGCAAACUAUCCAAAUCUGUGGAUAAAUUCAUAAGAUAAGAAAAAGGAUGGCAUCUAGAAGAAAUACCAGUUUCACUUUGAUUCCCAACCAGAAAUAUAGACGUAGUAAUCGUCGAUCCAGCUAUUUUUCCAACACCCGUGACUCAGAUUUUCAGCCUUUAUCAACACUUGGAAAUUUUAAAGCCUUGCCGUUGGAAAUAUUCCUAAUAAUCUUAAGAUAUUUGUCAGUGAAGGAUAUCAGCAUGCUAAGCAUGGUGUCCAAAACGGUCAGCCAGCGUAUUAUUAAUUACAUCUCAACCUCAUCAGGAAGCAAAAGACUUUUACUACAAGACUUUCACAACCUUGAGCUGCCUGGCGGAAGACAAGACUCCACGAUAUUGGAACACUACAGAUCUCUAGGUCUACUGUUUAAAAGAUGUACGUUGCUGCUACCCACAAAGGAAAGACUAAAGUACAUUCACAAGAUACUCGCAGAAGUUUCCUGUUUUAAAUUCAAUGGCUGUGCAGCUCCUAUGCAAUGUUUAGGAUUACCAUGUUAUGGCAUGUUUUUACAGACUUUAACAGCAGGUUGGGAUGAACUUGAGUGCCAUCGUGUUUACAACUUCUUAUGUGAGCUGAGUAAUCUGUCCCGCAAGAUGCAGACUGUUGUCUGCAGCAAACCAGGAGGUGCCCGAAAACUGGAGUUAAGGAUCAGACUGUUCUGUAGGAACGUUCUGCUUGAUCACUGGACACAUCGAAGUGAUUCUGCCUUUUGGUUGACACGUAUAUUAAAACCAUGGCCAAUGGUGAAUCAGGCAAGAUUACUGUAUAUCAUCUUUGGACCAAUAUCUCCUCAAGAUGGACAGGUGGUUUGGCAGAAAAUGAUAGAAGAUCCUACAGAUGAUUCCAGUCUGAAAGAUUUGGCCGAUGCUAUUAAACUAUUAUAUGACACAGGCACCAAAGAGUGGACAGCAGAUGAUGUUAUCAGUCUUGUAGAUGAGCUAUCAGUGGUUCCCCGUGAGUGGCUUCUAGAGAAUAACGCACGUCUCCUAAUCCUAAGUGGGAACAACAUCUGUUUCACUUUCAUGGCCAGUAAAGCUGUGAAUGGACGGGCCAUUGACCUGGCAAGGCUGAUGGUCUUUUUGGCUUUGGUCUGCGAGAAAGAACUAUACUGCAUGGAUUGGGCAGUGAAAAUGAUGCAAAAAGUCUGUAAUGUCUUUAGCACUCCAGUGGAAAGAAAUAACUUCCUUCAGAGUGUGGCAAAUGCAUUUGCAUGUGUUAUAAUGGAAAUGAUGCAGUCAAUUAUGUCUGGAGACCAUGAUGAAGACGACAGAAGCUUUUUGAAUCUGUUCCAACUUGUGCAUGCUCAGGCUAACUUCCAUAAGGAGGUCUUGUAUUUGACCAUGAAUCCUCUCUCUACCUAAAUACUCAGAAAGCCUUGCGUUUAGAGAAUACCUCACUGAACCAAUAAUUAAAAGAGUACUACUUUUUCACACUCAAAGAAUAGCAUUCAUGGGACGUUUUUUAUCACCUGAGUAACCUAAGAAUUCAAAAGCUGCAUAGAAUUUUAGAAGGAACUGCUUACACCAUUAUUAAGAUAAAAAUAUCAUGCAAACUCAAGAAUGUAUUGAGUUUUUUUGGAAAACAAGCUGUGCUUCUCCAGAUUUUGGUAAACCUAAUACCAAAUUAAAUGGAACAUUAAUGUCCAAGAAUCUGGGGCCAGCCAACCUCUGUGUGUGUAUCUUUGAAGCAAGAGAAAAUUCUGUUUUAUAGUUAGAGCAGACUCAAAUUCACUGAAUAGUCUGUAUCUGUUCACUUUGCCUAGGUUGUAUAGAAGAGCCUAAAAUGUUUUGUGAGAUUUGCAAUAUGAUGCUUUGGAAUAUGCAGAUAUGAAUCACAUUCUUUAUCACCUUCUUGGCAUAUGAUUACAAAGAACAUUAUAUUUUGUUCACAUUUUGCCUGAAUUAACCAAUCAAAAACCAAAAGAAAUAUGUGUGUGUGUAUACAUAUCCAUACAUAUAUAUGUGUAUGUAUAUAUACAUAUAAACACGCACACACAUAUAUUUUCUUCUUUAAGACAAAUCAUACAAAAAGUAUAUAAAUAGAAGAAGACAUAUAUCGUCUUCAUACAAUCAAAUCAUCUUUUAUUCUUUCCUGGGGAUUAGAGUAAAAUGUUACAAAUAAGAGAAAAUACAAAGUGAAAGGAAGUAGCUAUUGUGCUGCCAGAACAAUCUUCACGAAUAAUUUUCACUUCUUCCUAAAGCUUUUCUCUCUAUCUUAAAGAGUGGAAUUUGAAGGAAAAACGGAAGCAGGGAUGGUUAGAGAGGCCCAUGAGAGUAUGGGAGUUUUCUUUGCUCAAGUAAAUGGAUCCCAAGAAGCUCCAGGACUAUUUUCAGUCUGACUAGCAUUUGCCACCACUACUUUUACUAUUAAAUUAGAAAGUAAUAGUGUCUAACAGGACUGAAAUAAUGCUGGAGCCUUCCUGGAUCUCCCAUUUUCUUCUCCUGGGGUUUGAUCACUUUACUUGUGAUGAAGACACACCCCUUCCCACUGGACUUCUCAGACUGGUUUUCUUUCCCUAAACCCUUGACUUAACUCACCUCUGGAGGUGAUGAAGGGAAGAAACUCUAGAAGAUAUGGAGAUCACCCACAGAAGUGGGGUAUAAAUUGUGGGAAAUCUCAGUAAGAGAUUCAUGGGAUUGAGGAAGAGUGAAAAUUGUGGAGAAAAUAUAAAUUGAGGUAAGAUUUUACUAUAUUUCAGUAGCAAAGCACUAACCUUCAAUUUUGGUGGGCCAAAAAUUAACUGCCUUUCUUUGAUGGAUUGUCCAGCUAUAAUUCCUUUGGUGGCAGGAAUUUUUUCUCCAGAGUUUAGCCUUUGCAUAUUUAUACAGAAACAAAGACCUUCCUUUUAUGCUGGUUUCAUUUUCUUCUUCUUAAUUUAAGAAUUCACUCACAACCAAAUUAUAAAGAUUAAAGUUGGCAGAGGGGGCCGAGUGGUUAAGUUUGAGCGCUCCACUUCGGCGUCCCGGGGUGUCGCCAGUUCGGAUCCUGGGCGCG